AUGGCCACCUGGACAUCCAGCGGCGUUCUCAACAACAACGCCGCGUGUAGAAUUACAAAAAUAAUCACGACCACUGGAAAUCAGCACGGGACGACUAUUAACCACCGGUGCUUACUUUUACAUUCUUCCACGGUCCACGCCAUCAUUAACCCUCAUUAUGAGGCCAUCAGCAUUAAACUUUUCCGGGUAAUCAGCAAUCCCUUGAGUUUGAGAGAAAUGAAGACUUUAACAAUUUUCCUGGGCUUGUGCCUCUUCUCCACGGCGUCUAAACCCUGCCACCCCUACGACAAAUCAGAAUCCCACUUCUUCUGCCCCCUCAACUACACAAAAGUCGGAGGCUUCGAAAUCCAGGUAACCCCUGUCCAAGACCUCAUCAUUCAGUGCCAAGACCUCAAUUCGCUCCAAAUGCCCCAAUUCCCGAACAUCGCUCCCAGCAACAUCACCCACCUCCAACUCCACUCGUGCCCUUUACCAAAAACCGGCUUCAAGAAAAUCCAAGACAGGUUCUCGAAGGAGAAUCUCAACUCCAUAGAGUACGAAUACGGAAACCCACCCAACCAGGAGUUAACUAAACAAAUGUUCCACGAUCUGAAACACCUACGAUCCGUGAAGUUAGCCCACAACAAGCUCGGAUCCUUGGAUGAAAGCGCCUUUGCAACUACCCCAAAUUUGGUCGGACUUGUUCUAAAGAGAAACAAUUUAUCGGCAAUUAAAGCCAAAUUGUUCAAGAACCUGAAAGUGUUGGACUGGCUCGACUUGAGUGGCAAUCGGUUGGAAAAUCUGCCACCUGGGGUGUUCAAGUCGCUGAAAAAAGUAACAAAUUUGGAUUUAAGCGGAAAUCAGAUCACUACACUCGCUAACUCCACUUUCGAAGGAUUGUCGUCUCUACAAGUUUUAGAUUUGAGUGCCAACAAAAUCGAAACAAUCUCGGUCAAAACGUUCCGACAGUUGAAAACUCUAGCCCAUUUAAGUUUAGCCAUGAACAAUCUGAAGUCACUUCCGGUCGGACUUUUUUCAAAAAAUUCCAAACUAGACCUGCUCAUUCUAAAAGAUAACCCGAAUUUCAAAAUCAAAGGCAGUCUUUUUUCCAAAUUUAGUGCCUUGAAAACUUUAGAUUUAUCCAACUGUAAUCUCACGGAGCUACCUGAAGAAAUUUUCGAGAAUUUGCACGAUUUGCAGACCUUAUUUUUGAAAAAAAAUGCCCUAAAGACGCUUCCUGAACAGAUUUUCGAGGACCUCUUUAACUUAGAGAAGCUCGAUUUGUCUGACAAUGAACUUGACGAUGUUGACGCUAUGCCAAGCUCGCUGAAAAAUCUCGAAAUACUGAAUUUGGAAAACAAUGCCAUCAGAAUAAUUAACGAAGGGGCGUUUUCGAAUUUGAUUCUUCUAGAAGAGCUUAAUUUAGCUCAGAAUCAGAUAAAACAUAUUCAACAGCUUGCUUUUGUCAAUAAUUACCGGUUGAGAGCGAUUGAUUUGUCGAGAAAUGGUUACAACGGUCAAGGCAACAUUUUCAAAAAUUUGAUGUUUCUUCAAAAUCUCAAUCUGAGUUACAACUUGAUUACUAACAUCGAAGGUUUAAUAACACUUAGGCACAAACCACUGAUGGAAGUGUUAGACUUGAGGAAAAAUUUGAUUUCGAAUUUAUCGCUUCUUAAUCUCCAAGAUUGGUCAAACGUUGACGUUAACCUCGAAUCCAACAACAUCUCAGUUGUCAAUUUUGACCAUGUAGACUUGAUCGAAUACUAUAACACUGUUACCAUCCACUUAGCAAAUAAUCCCCUAAAAUGUGACUGCACUAACUACGACCUAAUGAAGUACUUGAAGGGAGGCUCAAACCGCGAGGUGACCAUGAAGUUCGACAUCCGCAUCGGAUCUGUCAACUGUGAAGCUCUAGACAAUUCUAUAGACAGUUUGGAACUGUCAACUAUAACUUGUCCUUUGGAAGAUUCUGGUUGCCCUGAAGAAUGUUUGUGUAGUUGGAGACCCUUCGAUUCUUCACUUGUCGUGGACUGUUCCAACCGGAACUUAACCUAUUUGCCCAACAUCACCACCAGUUCCUUCCAAAGAACGAACUUCACCCAGAUUGAAGUCCACUUAGAAAGCAACCGUUUGACAUCAGCAAACUUGAGUCUUUACAAGAAUAUAACAAGCUUGUUCUUGUCGAACAACAACCUCGUCACAGUCCAAGGAGAACCCGACCGUAAUUUAAAGGUGUUGGAACUUGACCACAACCAGCUGUCAACUCUAGGUCGCGAAUUUGUCCAAAAAUUCAACAAGUGGUCGAUGAGUAAUCUCCUCCUCAACAACAAUCCGUGGACUUGUGACUGUGAUUCUGAAAAUUUGCGUCUUUUUGUCCGAAAGCACUUGGAUGUGGUGGAUUUUACUCGCGUUUUUUGUUACAAUGGCACCGCCCGGUUUGCCGAUUUCACGGAAGGACAACUUUGUAAACACUGGAAACAGAUUUAUGCGAGUCCUGUCGUUGUUUUUUUUUUGGCUCUGACAGUUUCCUGCAUUUUUAGUUUGGUGUUCAUUUUUUAUGUAAAAAUAGAUGGUGUGCCGCUGGUUCAUUAUUUCGAAAGGGGGUUGCUUUGGUUUUGUCUACUUUGGCAUGAAAAACUUCUUAAUCUCCAAGACUGGUCAAACGUUGACGUUAACCUCGAAUCCAACAACAUCUCAGUUGUCAAUUUUGACCAGGUAGACUUGACCAAAUACUACUACACUGUUACCAUCCACUUAGCAAAUAAUCCCCUAAAAUGUGACUGCACUAACUACGACCUAAUGAAGUACUUGAAAGGAGAGUCAAACCACCAACUGACCAUGAUGUUCAACAUCCGCACCGGAUCUUCCAACUGUGAAGCUCUAGACAAUUCUAUAGACAGUUUGGAAUUGUCAACUAUAACUUGUCCUUUGGAAGAUUCUGGUUGCCCUGAAGAAUGUUUGUGUAGUUGGAGACCCUUCGAUUCUUCACUUGUCGUGGACUGUUCCAACCGGAACUUAACCUAUUUCCCCAACAUCACCACCAGUUCCUUCCAAAGAACGAACUUCACCCAGAUUGAAGUCCACUUAGAAAGCAACCGUUUGACAUCAGCAAACUUGAGUCUUUACAAGAACAUAACAAGCUUGUUCUUGUCGAAGAACAACCUCGUCACAGUCCAAGGAGAACCCGACCGUAAUUUAAAGGUGUUGGAACUUGACCACAACCAGCUGUCAACUCUAGGUCGCGAAUUUGUCCAAAAAUUCAACAAGUGGUCGAUGAGUAGUCUCCUGCUCAACAACAAUCCGUGGAGUUGUGACUGUGAUUCUGAAAAUUUGCGUCUUUUUGUCCGAAAGCACUUGGAUGUGGUGGAUUUUACUCGCGUUUUUUGUUACAAUGGCACCGCCCGAUGGUGUGCCGCUGGUUCAUUAUUUCGAAAGGGGGUUGCUUUGGUUUUGUCUACUUUGUGCGAAAAUUAA